ACCAUUUCUCUUUGAAAAACUUUGUUUCGGUUCAGCAAUAUUCUUAUUUAUGGGCAACUUCAGAAGAUGUAUUUUCUUCUGUUAAAUGGAUAAUUUACACCUGUGCUUCAUCUGUCUAUGGAACAUAUAUGGAUUCUGCUGUUGUGUUUCAUGCUGUUUUUUUGUUUAAAAAUAACUAGAUUUUCUAUCAGAGAUUAAAGUUUUUGGCUGACUCUUUAGCUAAAAACUCUUCUUAACAUUGAGUAUUCACCACCAUUUCAGCAUAAGAGCAGCAGCAGCGCUGAACUUUCUCCAUUUAUAGCCAGCAUAUUACAGUACCUGAUCAACAUCAAGACUUUUAGAGAAACUUAGAGAAGCAAAUAAGGUUACCAUUCAAUGUUCCCUUUCUUUGGCCGCAAAUUAACUUGUGCAAUAUAUAUAAUAUGUUUUGCUUUGAGACAGGCAAAUAAACUAUAGGAUUUGUUUCUAGACUAGAUUACUAAAUUAAUCUAGACCAAAAAAAGAAUGUGUUAAGGUCAGCACAGUAUCAUUAAUACAUACACCUCAACAACUCAACAAAAACUUGAGAGACUGUGGUUUAGGAAAGAAAAAAACAAAACCAAAAAAAAAAAAAACUGAAGUACAACGCCCACGAGAUACAACCUAACACGACUGGAGCAGUUUUCAUCUUAGUGAUUAUAGACUCACUUCAGGACUUUUAUACAUUUCUACUUUUCUAAACUGCUGCAGAAAAUGUUUUACUUAUUGUUUUUUUGCUGUUUGUGCUUUUGCCAUCUGGUUGAUGCAGUGAAGGCAAAGUCAGUGUCGGUGAUAGCGGGAGAUUCAGUCACUCUAAACACAGAUGUUACUGUACUGCAGGCAGAUGUUCUGAUAACAUGGACAUUUGGAAAUCCAGAGACUCAAAUAGCUGAAAUCUAUAAAAAGGCUGUAAGCUUAUCUCCAUCUGAUGUUCUUGAUGGGAGAUUCAGAGACAGACUGAAGCUGGAUCAGACUGGAUCUCUGACCAUCACAGACACCAGAACCACAGAUUCUGGACUUUAUAAAGUAAACAUCAAAGGCAACACAGAGACCACAUACAGAUUCAAUGUUACUGUCUAUGCUCGUCUGCUUGUUCCUGUCAUCAGCAGUAACUCUUCAAACUGUUCAUCAUCACAGCAGAAUUGUUCAUUGUUGUGUUCAGUGUUGAAUGUGAGUCAUGUGACUCUCUCCUGGUACAAAGGAAACAGUUUAUUGUCCAGCAUCAGUGUGUCUGAUCUCAGCAUCAGUCUCUCUCUACCUCUGGAGGUGGAAUAUCAGGAUAAAACACCUACAGCUGUGUGCUCAACAAUCCCAUCAGCAACCAGACGAGACACCUGGACAUCAGUCAACUCUGUCACACAUGUGCAGCCGUUACAGCAUCAGGUCCACGGUCUACUUCACCCCCUCCUUCACAUUCUCCAGGUGCUGGAUCUCUGAUAGCAUUGAUUUCUGUUGCUGUAUUUCUGUUGAUUGUCACUGCAGUCGGAAUCUGCUUCAUCUACUGGAAACACAGGAAAACAGACCAAGAAGUUGUAGGAGCAGAUCAGACUCAUAAUGAAGAGAUCACUUACGCUGAUACGACAUUCUACAAACAAAAAGCACAGAAAUCGGGAAUCAAACAGGAGGAAGAGGUGGUGUACGCAGGCGUUGUCACGAGAAGUUGAUCAAAUUCAUUAAUGUUGCAAUCACAGUCAGUAGAGUUUACAUGCUAGAAAGACUUCCGGGGAGUGAAUUUCGAGGGGGGACGGCGUUUCAUUUCCAACUGGUUAGGUUUAUUUGGAAAUUAAAGUGAUUUCUAUAUUUUAUCCAUUCAAAAGACUACGAAAGCGAUCCCAGUUCUGCAUAUAAACGUAGCGCUGUGUUUAUGCCGUCUUUUGCCAUUUAAUACCUGCAGACUGCAGCCAGUAUAAGGGUGAUUCUUCAAUUGGGGGCUAUUUUGCCAUCUUACAUUUUGAUUAAUUAAAUUUGGUUGAAUUUUGUUAGAAUUAUGUCAAGACAAUGUUUACAUCCUUUGAUGUAAAGAUAUAAUAAUGGCCACGACUGAGCUUAAAUAUAAUUUGAGUAUUUUAUAUCUAUUUGCCAACUGGCACUGCAAAACGUCAUUCCCAUCACAACAUCAAAAAGUCUCAUAAUGCAAAGAAUUUAUCAAGGAGAUCAUUUAAACUCAUUUAUCUUGCAAACAUUGUUAACCUUCAAUAAUACGUAUAAAAAACAAAAUGUUUCCAUUCAACGAAUUACAUAUAUUUUCUUGUUCUUACCAUCAAAAUGUGUUUUUCUGUGUUCAUCAAAGCACACAUUUGUUUAAUUUCUGGAAAAUUAAUUUUAGAUGUUUUUUCUUUGAAUAGGUGGAUGAGUAUUUCAUUAGGCUUUUCAUGUAGCACCUCAAGAUUGAACAUAAAACAGUUUUAAAGGUAUGUUUGCUGUAAAUUAAGCAACAUGGCGGUAAUGACAUACUGUUCUGGUAAUGACAUAGUGUUUUGGUAAUGACAUAAAUGAAAAGUGCACUGAUACAUAAAGCAAAUUUAAAGGCUUAAAUAAUGACUUCUGGUGAGUGUUGUUGAAAGAAAUGGACAGAUGCGAGGAGAUGUAUAUAAAUAUGACACAACCAUCAACUUGAACAUGUUUAUUUCAAUCAUGCAGAAACCAUGCAAUAUUUUCUAGAGAAUCAAUUGUCACAAUGGGAUAAACAGCAUAAACAUAUCCUUCAUAAACAUUUCAUAACUAUGAAUAUUACCAUUAGGUGAAAUAUUAUAUGUUUGGGUUAAUAACGCAUAAAAGUUGCACACUAGUUGACCAAACAUGAACAUCCAGAACUAUAUAUCUCCAAGGACCGCCCUCUUGACAGAUCUCUUAUAAGCUUUCCUGUUUCUUUUCUUCUUUUGUAUCUUUCCUUUUCUCUGUCAAUGUACUGCUGAUAUUUUACUGGAUCUUCCUUCAAUUCUUUUCUAUAAUCUCUAGACCUUUCAGUUGAUUUCUUGGGAGCCAUUCUGGUUAAAAAAUAAGAAAAAAUAGUUUUAGGAAGUAAGGCAUCUCACUUAAGUUUCAUUGCAAAAUCACACUAUUAUGCUUCUUUAACUUAAUUUAUAAACACAUAAUAUGAUAUAGAUAGUGACACAGAACAUGUCAUUACCACCAUCACUUGUCAUUACCAUCACAACAAGUUGUGUGUUGGUAAUGACGUGUUGCGGUAAUGACAUUUUAAUUUUUUUUCAGGAAAAAAGAUGCUAGGUCAUGGUUUUGCUAACAUCACUCAACAGCUAAUACAAAAAGAACUUUAAAUACACAUAAAUCAUGUGAAUAUAUAUAUAUAUUUAUCAAAAUAUUGCUGCUACAGCAUUUAUGGUAAUGACGCUGAAUAAGUCUACUCCAUGAUCAGAAGGAAUUCAUGAUUAAAUUACUUACUUUUUCAGAAAUAAAAUAUCACUGUUCUUCCAUGGCUGACAUGUGCUCCUCUGCUAGUAGUAGUAGAUAAGGCAUGGCUUGUGACAAAAAUGAUUUAUGACCCUUGAUUUAUGGCUUUUUUGACCUUUGUGACCUUUCCCCCUCCCCCACAUAGCGACCACCCACAUAGCGACCCCCCACGUCAUGUUGACCCCUUGACCCCUUUAAUGCGUUCCAGAUGUGAGGAAAUCGGAGAAGCGUGAAAUUCCUACGUCAUCCGGGGAUGAGAUAUGUUGUUUGUACAAGUGUAAAACCAUAAAUGAGCUGUCAAGUGUUGGUUUGAAGAUUUUACGGUGGGGGUUUGCCCAUCUGUGGACCACGUGGUGGUUGCAUUCCGAGGCCUGGUGUGUUAUGGACUCUUUCUCUCUCUAUGGGAGAUGUAUGUAAAAGGAUGAACAGAUUAAAUUUUAAGAGGUCAGUUUUAAGACAGACAUAUAUUCUGAUGACUGUAUAAAAUGUAAUUAAAUAACACUCCUAAUAAUGAAUUGGGAAUGAAUUAAAACCCUCUUACAUUUUUCCAAGAGAAAAAUAUUUCCUCCUCUCGCAAGGAACCCCAUUCUUCAAAUGAGAGGUUUACGAAAAAAUUGUGUUUAGUUUAACUUGGAAAAGUCCUCUCUCUCUCUCUCUCUCUCUCUCUCACUCUCCGUCUCUCACACACACGUGUGCGCAUUCAAUCGUCCCGAGUCUUAUUUUCUUCUAUUAAAUGAAAAUAAAUUAUGCAAUUACACGCAAUAUAAAACAUUUACACUAGUUUUAGGUAACAAAACAUUUUGUAAUGAGGAACGGGCGACGUCGAAAUAAGAAAAGGGAAAACAAUAUAUAUAUUUUAACAGGCCAAACGAUAAGGGCCAUUGUGGACCCGACACGCCCAGACAUGACAAAUUUCUGUGUUUUAUUCACAUUUAUUUGUAUAUUUGUACUUGUAUCACAUAAAAUUUAAGUUUCUACAUUAUAUUUAGAGCCUUUAAUAUUUAUAGUGUA